AUGUUUAACCCCAGCAAAAAGUUCAUUGGGGUGGAAACCCUGAAGGCGUACAACCCCUCCACCGCCCACAGGCGCAAGGAGAGGGACGCCGAGAAAAAGAAGAACAAAGCUGAGAGAAAGAUUACAAGGGAGCAAGCUCUCCUUAAGAAGAACCCUGUCGUCAUUAAGGAGGAACUCGACAAACUGGAAGAAAUGGGUGUGUUCCCAUACGCUGCUGCUGCUGCUGUUGAAGCUGCUGCUGGUGCAGCUGCUGCGGAUGCACGAUAUAUUUGUUCACGAUAUGCGAGGUCUGGGGAGCAAAUGACGGAAGGCCGGACGCGUCGUCUGCAGAAGCUGCAGCAGCUGUGGGCUCAAGUUGUGAGUUCCGUGGAGGCGGAGCGGCGCGUGAGGACAGCGGAUGUUUCUUCAGUUGCUUCGUUUGACCCCCGCAGCAGCAGCGGCGUCUCGAGCGCGCGGUCUCUGCAGCAGCGGCUCUCCCACGGGGAACGAAUCCCGGACGAAGAAGAGCGGCGCUACUACUGCCCCGAGCUUUGCAAUACAGGCAUCUUCCGGCAUCCCGAUGGGUCGAUCCGGCCUUACCCACCCCCUGUGGCUAACGACAAGUCGGAACAGCGAAGACGUUUUGUCGAGACACAACAACGACGCAUGCGAGAAAGCCGGGGACCUUCAAGACAUUCUGACAUGAGCAGCGACUCGGAGAGCGAAGAUGAAUCUCCUGCUGCAGCAACCAACAGCAGCAGCAGCAGCAGCAAGAAGACGCAAGGUGCAGACUCUGCUCCUGCUGGGGAGGCAGCCGAAGACUUUUUGGCCUCUAUUCCGCUCCCAGCAGAGCCUCCUCCACCAUCUGCCAGCUCAUCUCAGGUUCCAACGGGGUCUACGCAGCAGCAGGCGAUGCCGGCACACCCCUCGGUUCCUGUCAUGCCGCUGCCAUUCCCUGUUCCCCCCUUGGGCGGUUACGGCGGGGCGUCUCCCCAGCCUUCUGCUGCGGGUCAUCUUCAAGGGGGACCUCCUCACGGGCCCCCAGGGUUCUUCCCCCCUGCCUUUGUGCCCCCUUUCUUUGGAAUCCCUCCCGCGCCAUCUCAGCUCGUUGCCCAUAUGCAGCAAAUGCAGGGACAGCAGCAGCAACCUGAGCAGCAACGCAUUUCUCCCCAUCCGCAGCAGGGCCCCCAGAUCCAGCAGCCGUCUCCUGCUGCUGCGGGCCCCUCCACCACCGUACAAAAAAGGCCCCCGCAGCAGCGGACGCCGCCAGUGCCAGCGAAGAAGCAACAGACAGACAGCAAGCCAGCAGGUGCUUCGGACUUGAAGGCGGCAAUAGCCUUUGUUCCCACUCACUUGAGGACAAAGAAGCUUCCGGCGACAGCGAAGAUACAGGAGGGCCCCUCCAUUUCUCGGGUGUCUGCAUACUCCAUGGGAACUGCAGCUCUGGGACGGCAAGGGGGGAGCGGAGGGGCCUCAGGGGAGAGAGGGCAAACUUCCAGCUUGGCCAAGUUUUUAGAAGCCAACAAACAACAGGGAGAGGGAAAAGGAAUUGGGGGGACGCCAAAAGCACCGGCGCCUGCAGAUCUCGACAGGGCCUUCGACGAGUUCUUGAAGGAGGUGGGCGCAUCUUAG